GUCAUUGUCAAAUGUAAGAAUCUUAUCUAAAAGUCAAAGCGAAAAACAUAACGCUUAAGUUAUGGAACACAAACAAAAUUGAUAUGAAAAAUCUUUUUCAAAACACAGUGAUGGGGGAUAGUAAAAUUUGUGAUAAGGAUAGCAAGUUAAAAACGAAAACUAAUAAAAGUUUCAAAAUGAAUACAGCAGACGGAAAAACAAUGAACGGCGAUGAAAUCAAACGUGGAAUAUCGGUAGACUUUUCUGUACUAAAAGAUACUUCAGUUACAACGUUACCCGUUGUCGGUUCUCCUUCUGAGAAUGCCUGUGGAACUAAUUUGCAAUGGCAAGAAAAAAUUACCAUCAUCACUCCGCUUUUGAGUCGUCAAAUGAUCCUUCCGGAGCUUUCGAAUUGUCUAGCCGUUCAAGCUUUUUUGAAGAUGUGUAAUUUGGGAUUCGAAAUAGAACGAAGAUCUAACGCUGCAGCAAUGUCCCCAACGAACACUGUCCCUUUUAUUAAAAUAGACAAAUAUGUUAUUGGUGGAUUAGAGGGAAUUGUUCAAUUUGUUAAUACGAAGAAUAUAACUCUAACAGAUAAACUCGAUAACAAUCAGAAAGUGAAUCUAAAAGCAUUUUUUACUUUAGCCAUGAAUAAAUUCAACUUGGUUGAACUCUAUAUGUGUUGGAGGCAUCAAGAAACAUAUAAAAAUGUUACCAGUCAAAAGAAUGGAUCAGUUUAUCCAUGGCCAUUAAACUGGAUCCAGAAUAUCACCAAACGGCACCAAGUGAGCAAACAACUCAAAAACCUCGAUUGGAAAGAAAAAACUUUAAAUGAAGUCAUAUUCGAAUUUGAAGUUUUCUGUGAAGCUCUAUCUCAAAGAUUGAAUGGAAAGUCUCAAUUUUUCGAUGAAGGUGAUACUGAAUUAGACGCUUGUGUCUUCGGACAUUUGUUUUCAAUAUUACAUACCCCUUUACCUGGAAAUUAUUUAUCGGACACAAUAAAAACUCAUCCGGACUUGAUGAAAUUAGUAAACAGAAUAAAAAAAUUGUAUUUCUAGCACUAUGAUAGUGUCAUUCAUUGUUAAAGAUUAAAUCAUUUGAUGAAAUAA